AUGCCCGACCAAACACGACGUCCGGCAAACCAUGGCUCCGCGUUACAAAGUCUACCAAUUCUGUUGGGCAACCUUCGAGCUGAACAAGACGCUGGUCGUGUGCUCCUGCUGGAUGCUGAUAUUUUGGAAAUCUGGCCGUACAUUCAGAUCAGCCCGUUUGGCAUCGUCGCCAAAUCUGGAAAGGACCCAAGUGUGCACGGUAGAACGAUACAUGACUUAGCAUUUCCACCAGGCCUGUCCGUCAAUGACCACACGGACCGAACCGCACUUCCCAAACCAGCCUACGAGUCAUGUGCAGCAAUUGCGCAUGAAAUUUUACGCCGUCGCCGUCUCGAGAGCCAUCCUUCCAAAAUUCUGACUGGGGAUGUGGCAUCCGCGUUCCGUCACGUUGGAAUUCACUGCAAGUCCAUAUACCUUUUUGCCGGCAUGAUCCCUGAGCUGAACUUGCUUAUUAUCGACCUCUGUUGUCCGUUCGGUUGGACCGGUUCGCCAAGUUGCUACGAAACUUUCGGUGGA